AUGAAUUAUCAAAAAACAUUUGAUGAUCCCUUGAAGCUGACCAAACUUGCUUUAUUACUAUCAGGAAUAAACGUUAUCGAUAAAAACAUAUCAAAAGCAGCAAGACUAGCCAUAGACAGCUUAUUCUUUUUUAAUUUAGCGUGGCUAUACAUGGAUGUCAUUGCAGAAUUCUUCUGGUUGCUGGAUGGAUUACGUAUCGGUAAAAGUUUUGACGAAUUAUCUAUAAUAGCACCGUGUACCACGAUCUGUCUAUUAUCAAGUGCUAAAUCCACCGCACUGUAUUGCAAAGGAAAUAUCCUUAAAGCAACCGUUAAAAAAUUUAAAGAGAUUAACGAAGAUAUUGAUAGAGAUAUAAUUAAGAAAUCAGUAAAAACUCUACACAAUGUGAUUCUGAUAAUGAAAUGUUCAUCGGUAGUCGUUGUAUUAGUCUUUUGUUCUUUGCCUCUAUUGUCUAUGGCUUACGAUGUGUAUAACUACGGCGAAACAGUUAAAAAAUUACCGUUCCUUGUUAAAUACUUUUUUAAUCCUUUCACGGAGAUGAUGUGGCCUUUAGUGUAUUUUCAUCAGAUUUGGUCAAAUUAG